UGAGCACCAAUGUCAAGUUUUUAUCAAAACAUCACUAAAUUUUAGUACUCGACAAAAUACAUUCUAAUUUUAUUAAAAAGUAAAUAAGAAAAAUGAGCCGUUUAAACCAAAUGAAAUUUCGGAAAGUUACUCACGUUAUUUUUGACAUGGAUGGAGUUCUUUUAGAUACAGAAGAUUUGUAUUCAAAAGCCUUUCAAAACAUUCUUUCCCAGUAUGGUAAAAAUUUCGACUGGCCCCUAAAAUUGGAAAUAAUGGGUCGGAUAGGUCGCGACAUAGCCAAAUAUAUAAUUGACAAGUUAAACCUUCCCAUUACAGAGGAUGAAUGGUUGGAAAUGUCUCAAAAAGAAUUAGAAAAAAUAAUGCCACAAUGCGAAGUUACACCAGGUGCUAAAAAAUUGGUAACCCACCUACACGAGAACAACAUACCCAUAGCUGUUGCAACAUCAUCAGGAGCAGACAGCUUUAAAAUAAAGUCAGAACGCCAUAAAGAAUUCUUUAAAAUCUUCAGCCACAUUAUUUGUGGAGGAACUGACCCUAAUGUAAAAAAUGGAAAACCUGCACCUGACAUAUUUUUACAUUGUGCCUCUCUAUUUCCAAAUGCACCAAACCCAAAUAGUUGUUUGGUUUUUGAAGAUUCACCAAAUGGUGUUACAGCUGCAGUCAAAGCUGGUAUGCAUUGUGUUAUGAUUCCUGACGAAAAUGUGCCAGAAGAUUUAAGAAAAGAUGCUGAUGUUAUUGUUAAAUCACUUGAUGAAACUGACUUAAGUUUAUUUGGGCUACCACCAUUUAAAUAAAUUUAUAUUUAUAAGUUAUAAAGAAAUGAGCAAUAUAAG